AUGUCUGCCAAAUCCAUCUUCGAGGCCGACGGCAAGGCCAUCCUCAACUACCACCUCACUCGCGCUCCCACCAUCAAGCCCUCGCCUCUUCCCAAGCCGACCAAGCACAACCCGCCUCCCAGACUAGCAUCUCUCUACUUCCCAGAGGAUGCCAACCCGGCGGAUAUCCUCGACCAGGCCGAGGUCACCUACCCGUGGCUGCUCCAGCCCGGUGCCAAGUUCGUUGCAAAGCCCGAUCAGCUCAUCAAGAGGCGAGGCAAGAGCGGUCUCCUCGCUCUGAACAAGACAUGGCCCGAGGCCAAGGCCUGGGUUGCCGAGCGUGCUCGCAAGGUCCAGAAGGUUGAGCACACAGAGGGUCUCCUGAGCCAGUUCCUCGUCGAGCCCUUCGUUCCUCACCCCGCAAACACCGAGUACUACAUCAACAUUAACUCCGUCCGAGAUGGCGACUGGAUCUUGUUCACGCACGAGGGUGGUGUCGAUGUCGGCGAUGUCGAUGAAAAGGCUGAGAAGCUUCUGAUCCCCGUCGAUCUCUCUCAAUAUCCUUCAAACGACCAGAUCGCAGCUUCUCUCCUCAGCAAGGUUCCCAAGGGUAUUCACAAUGUCCUCGUGGAUUUCAUCACCCGCCUGUACGCCGUCUACGUUGACUGCCAGUUCACAUACCUCGAGAUUAACCCUCUCGUGGUUAUUCCCAAUGAGGAUGCUACCUCUGCUUCAGUGCACUUCCUAGACCUGGCAGCAAAACUUGACCAGACUGCCGACUUUGAGUGUGGUGUGAAGUGGGCUAUUGCUCGCUCACCUGCUGCUCUUGGUCUCACCAAUGUUGCACCCAGCUCAAAUGGCCAGGUGAACAUUGAUGCUGGCCCGCCGCUGGAGUUCCCGGCUCCUUUCGGACGUGAGCUCACUAAGGAGGAGGCGUACAUCGCUGAGCUGGACGCCAAGACCGGUGCUUCCCUUAAGCUGACUGUCCUGAACCCCAAUGGUCGCAUCUGGACUCUCGUCGCUGGAGGUGGUGCUUCCGUUGUCUAUGCUGAUGCCAUUGCCUCGGCUGGCUUUGCCGAUGAGCUGGCUAACUAUGGUGAGUACUCUGGUGCUCCCACCGAGUCACAAACCUACUACUACGCCCGAACUGUUCUGGACCUGAUGCUCCGCGCGCCCAUGUCCCCCAAGGGCAAGGUCCUGUUCAUUGGUGGUGGUAUUGCCAACUUCACAAACGUCGCUUCUACCUUCAAGGGUGUCAUUAAGGCCCUGAAGGAGUUCUCAAAGGCUCUCAAUGAGCACAAUGUGCAGAUCUGGGUCCGUCGCGCCGGCCCCAACUACCAGGAGGGUCUCAAGAACUUGAAGGCGGCGACUGUAGAACUUGGCCUGAACGCCAAGAUCUUCGGGCCUGAGAUGCACGUCUCAGGUAUCGUACCUCUUGCACUUGUCCCCGGAAAGUGGGAGGAGAGCAAGGCGGAGGAGUUCAGGGGUUAG